GCCUUUAUUAAAUUUAUACAUUUGGAUUUUCAUCCUGUCAUGUCGGAUCACUAGUCUAGGUUUUGUAGUACAACUUGAAUGAUAUUGUGGUGGUACUACCAAUUUUGAUUUAAAAAUAGUGUAUGGAAUUAACUAAAGUCACAUCUUCUGAAUAGAUAUUACCCAAGUAAAUCUAGACUUCAGCAAGAUGUCAAACGUGUCAAAUGUUGAGAAUCUUUCACCACAAAUAAUUCGGCAAGUGACAAAAGAGAUUAGUGGUUUAUGUAGAAAUCCACCUGAAGGCAUCAAAGUAUUUAUGAAUGAUGAAGAUGUUACAGAUAUUCAAGCAACAAUUGAAGGUCCAUCUGGAACACCAUACGCAGGAGGCACUUUUCGCAUGAAAUUAGUUCUUGGUAACAAUUUUCCUACAGAACCCCCCAAGGCUUUUUUUCUCACAAAAAUUUUUCAUCCAAAUGUUUCAAGCAAUGGAGAAAUAUGUGUUAAUACACUUAAGAAAGAUUGGAAACCAGAAUUAGGAAUUAAACACAUUUUAUUGACUGUUAAAUGCUUGCUCAUUGUGCCUAAUCCUGAGUCUGCCUUGAAUGCAGAAGCUGGAAAGUUACUGCUAGAACAAUAUGAAGAUUAUUCCCAAAGAGCUAAAAUGUUUACAGAGAUCCAUGCUAAACCUCUCAGAGUAACAGAAGACAAUUGUUCUGAAGACAAAUCAGCAGAUGGACCUUUGGCAAAAAAGCAUGCAGGUGACAAAAAACUCCUUGACAAAAAGAAACGUGAUAAAAAGAAGACAUUAAAACGUUUGUGACCAAUACCUUUUUUCAAGCCUGACUUCAUUAUAUUUAUUCAUCACCCUCUAUACCAAAUCUCAAUGAACUGUUACACAGAAAUGUUUUAUUUUUUACAGUAAUUUCUCAGCUUGUGUUUUUAAAGGGACAAUAGUUUCAGUAGUAAAUGAUAAACCCAGCCAAUGAAACUGGUCUACAUAGAUUUUGUGUAUACUGUGAAGCAUCAUCAGUUUAUUUUUCAAAUGGCAAAGGUAGCCCAUUUUCUAUUCAUUUUAGAUGCACUAUGCCUGUUCAAUCUUAGUAAACAAUCCAACAAUUUUGUAUACAUUUGAAUCAGUAUGCUAAAUUCAAUCUAUUUUGUAGUCCAGAUGUUAAAUUUAAAAUCUUUGACUUAUUCUACUUAUUUUAUUUAAUAAGCCAUUUGAACCUUUAGAUAUGUAAGUUUCAUAGGUGUGUUUUUUCUUGAAGUUGCUUAACAUUUGAAUGAGUAAAAACUCAUUUAUGAAAUUUUAUUUUUGAUGUAAAUAGGAAAAAAAGGGUCUGAAACUUAUAACUUUUUCAGAUAGCUGAUUUCUUAUUUACAUUUCACUGUGUUAUUUAUUUGAAAUACUGUGCAUUUUUAUAGAAUUUAAAAUGAAGUGUUUUUAAUUUAUCAAAAUAAUGUACUACAGUGCUACUAAAUCUAAUAUAUUCAUUGAUACCUUAUGGCUGAACAGACAAUAGAGGGCAAAAUUAUGUUGAAUGUUUUGAGUGUCUGUCUGUGGCAGCUCUUUAUGUUCAUUUUAUGUCAAUAAAAACUGAGCAUGUAUGGAUUCGAAAAA